AUUAUGGCUAUCAACAUGACUGUGAUCCAAAUCAUAUAAAUACCAGCUGCUUCCAAACUCCCGUUACAGAACACAUUGGAAAAUCUGUCUGGUGUACUGUCCAAAAACAAUCAUGAAGUUUGCGGCUGUAAUCCUUGCUCUCGCUGUCAUUUCAGGCUGUCAGGGGCGCUUCCUGUUUCAGGAUGAGCCAAAAAGCCGCUGGGAAGAGGCAGUGGAUCAGUUCUGGAACCAUGUGUCCGAGCUGACCACUAAGGCUCAAGAGAUGAAGGACAACAUCAAGGCCACCAAGCUGGGCAGAGAGUUAGACACACUGAUCAUUGACACCAUGAUGGAGGUGGACAUGUACAAACAUAACUUGCGCUCCAAGCUGGGCCCUUAUGCGCAUGAGACUGCCCAGAAAUUCAAUGAAGAUGUUCAGCUGCUGGUCAAUAAGCUCCGCGCACAUAUGGAGGAAGCUAAGGAUCGUGUCAGUGAAUACACCGAGGAGUUCCGGAUCAUUGUGGAACAGAACAGUGAUGAGGUCAAGAACAAGGUCAACAACUACGCCAAGAAACUAAGGAAGCGUUUUAACAAGGACAUCCAAGAGAUCAACAAGAAAAUGUCAACAUACAUUGAGGAGGUUCGCUCUCGUGCUACUCAGGGUAUGGAGGACGUGAAGGAUCGUCUCGAGCCUUACUUCACCUCAGUGCGUCAGCGUGCUGAAGAGAAGCUCACAACUCUGGCAGAUCUGCUGAGAAGCCAGGGAGAAGAUCUGAAAGAGAAACUGGAAUCACGGAUGCAGGACCUUAAAGAGAAAGCUGAGAAGAGCACAGAGAAUAUGCGUAACACAAUUCAGGAAAAGACAGAGGAGAUAAAAAGUUGGUUAGAGCCCUAUGUGUCUCAGGUCCAGAAGCAACUAGAGACAGUCAUGGAGGGCUUGUAAUAACAGCAUAUACAAAUGAGGUCUCAUAGGAAAAUUAAUAGAUUAACUUUUAUACUAAACGUUGCUUCCAGAAAUGAAAGUACUGGAAACGUCAAAGUUAUGAGUGAAAUAUACCAUUUGUACUACAUGGAUGUAACAACAGAUGUAAGCUAUGCAAUAUAAAGUUCAAUAAAACCAGCAUGUACCAAUGAG